AUGCCUCAUGCCUUGAGUAAUGCAAGGGCUAUCGAAGCUCAUUACCUUCGCAACGCUCUCGAUGUAUUGAUCAUUGGAGCAGGACCUGCCGGUCUUUCGGCGGCUUUGUCCUUGGGGCGCGUCCGUCGCAGUGCGGCUAUCUUCUAUUCAGAUGGAGACAGAAGGCCGGCACGCUCUGACCUGCAUGCCGAUGAUGGGAAACGGACGACGUCGGUUCAAACUGACAUGAUAGCCGAACUGAAGACCAAGUUCAAGAUUGUCCUUUUUACCAACACAGCGGCCAAGUCUGUUCGUGAGAGCGGCAUGAUCUUCGAGGUGGUGGAUAGAGCCGGUCGGUGCUGGAAAGGGAGAAAGGUUAUACUUGCUAUGGGCAUUCAUGAAUCUCUCCCGGACUUAUCAGGCUAUCAAGAACUAUGGGGAACAAAGAUAUUUGACUGUUUCCAGUGUCAUGGGCUUGGAGACUCGAACGCCACUUGUGCCGCUGCUUUGAUCACCUCGGACGAUGAAGAGUCUAUAGACUCGGCCAUUUUCUCUGCUCACCUGGCGCGUCAAUACACACCUGAUGUAACCCUGUUGGUCAAUGGCUCACCACAUCUCGAACAACACCCACACGUUAUUGCCACUGCGAACCGGGGCUUCAAGAUAAACAACAAGGCUAUUAAACAUUUCUCGAAAGCUGGUCCGGACUCAGUUACUGUUGAGUUUACAGAUGGGACGAAAGCUAUGUAUGGGUUCAUAGCUCACAAGCCCAGAUCAGACGUCAAAGGGUCAUUGGCAAGAGAGCUAGAUCUUGAAAUGACAUCACGGGGACGAAUAUUGGUUGAGGGUGAUUUCCAGGAGACCAGCAUCCGAGGUGUUUUCGCUGCUGGUAGCUGUGCUACAAUGAUUGAUGAUGAGGCGGUGGAGAUUAGUAGCGGUAUGACAGUUGGUAUGGGAGUCAAUCUGCAAAUUGCCGAGGAUGAUGCAAGGUUGUAG